AUGCAAUUCAUUAACAACGAUUUUUCGUCUCCUUUAUCACUUUAUAACCUUCCAAAUGAAUUAUUAUUAAUAAUAUUUUCAAAUCUUGAUAUGGAAACACUGAUAAAUUUAUGCAGCGUUUGUCAAAAGUUUAAAAUCUUGGCUGAAAUUGCUUUAGAGAAAAAAUUCGAAGAGCGCAAGAUUGGUUUGACUCUUUAUUUUGAACAAGAACAACGAUGGAAAUUCAAUGUAAAUUUUAUUUUUGACUGCGUAAAUCAACAAAAUGGAAAUUUCGUUUUCAAGCCCAUAGCAAAUAAGAAAACAUCACAGGAUGUCACAUUUUAUCAUUCAACAGUCUUACGCAAGCCUACAUUAUGGAAAGUUGCUUAUAACGACAAUGUCGGAAGCGAUGUUAGACAAGACGAGAAUUCACAACAAUAUGUUAAUUUAUUACAAAAACCAUGUCCAUUGUCGAUAAAACCAAGAAAUCAAACUUUCCAAAAAAUUCAAAACGUUUAUAGAAUCGGUAGCGGUUCAAAACAUCUUAAAGUUCCAUACAAAUUCACCUAUUCAACCAAAAGCAACAACAUUGACGAAGCCGAUAGACCAAGAUCACGCGGUGGUGAUCGUAUAAUAAGCCAUUUAUCGUUUGAGUGUUCACCUAGCUUCUUUUAUACACAAGGCUCAACAACUCAUAGAUUAUUGAUGUCGAUAACAAAAUCUUUGAAAUCACCAUCAGCUAAAAAACACAUCAUUGCCACAAGCACUACGAAUUCAUCCAUACCUCCACCAUCACCAAGGAAUUAUACAUCUUCUUCUAUAUCCUAUCAACCCGAAACAAAUGCUUCGAGACUUGAAGAAAAGAAAAAUCUAUUCUCAAAAUGGUCUCGAGGUGCAAGACGUUAA